GCGUGCACGCGCGUGUGUGUGUGUGUGUGUGUGUGUGUGUGUGCGUGCGUGUGAAUGUGUGUGUGAGUGUGUGUGUGAGUGUGUUGUGGUGGUGUUUUUUUCUUAUCGGCGCAGACUUCCGCUCAUCGCGCGCGCAUGGAGCGAUCGGCAUCGCUGGACAUCGAGGCGCUGAAGAUGACCCAGGAGCAGUAUAUUUUGGCGUCCCAGCCGAGCAGCCUGCAGAGGCCAGGUUGCCCUGCUGCAUACCCGGUGGGCAUCUACGGGUGGCGUAAACGCUGUCUUUACUUCUUCAUCCUCCUCCUCCUUGUCACAAUGAUUGUCAACCUUGCGCUCACCAUCUGGAUCCUGAAGGUCAUGAAUUUUACAGUGGACGGGAUGGGGGAUCUACGCAUCACCAAAGAAGGCGUGAGGUUAGAAAGUGUCUCCGAGUUUCUUCUUCCUCUGUACGUGAAGGAGAUUCAAUCGAGACGGGACAGUCCACUGGUCCUACAGUCAGACAGGAAUGUGACGGUGAAUGCACGGAACGACCUUGGCCAGCUCACAGGACAGCUUACUGUGGGAUCGGAGACAGUGGAGGCUCAGUGCCAGAGGUUUGAGGUCCGGAGCUCAGAUGGAGACAGAGUGCUGUUCUCCGCAGAUGAGAAUGAGAUCAGCAUCGGCACUGAGAAGCUGAGAGUGACAGGUAACCGAGGAGUUGUUUUUGCUCAUUCGGUUGAGACGCCACACAUUCGAGCCGAACCGUUCCAAGAUCUAAAGCUGGAGUCUCCGACUCGGACCCUAACAUUGGAAGCGCCGAAAGGUGUGGAGGUAAACGCGGGCGUGGGGGAGUUCAGAGCAUCCUGCAGGAAAGAGCUCACUCUGGAGUCUUCUGAAGGGGAGAUCUUUCUCAACGGCAAGUCGAUCCGCAUGCCGAAUCUUCCUCACGGCAGCGUCGACUCUCUGCUCAGCCCGGGCACCAGCUACCCAAAACACACUGUCUACGAGGUGUGCGUGUGUCCGAGCGGCAAACUCUACCUGUCCCCCGCGGACAGCGCCUCCACCUGCCAGACCACCAACAGUGUGUGUUUAUGGAGCUGAGAGUGGCGUGGGGGCUUCGCCCGACACCAGAAAGGCCUUCCUUCACUUCCUCCUCAACUCUUUCUUUCCCUUCUUCAACCUUUCCAUCCGACACGUUUGCGUCAACGCCUCCACGUCCGAGCGUCGGGACAGUUUCAGACUGAACAUUGGUACAGAAAUGGAGGAUUCUGUGGUACUUUUUUGUUUGCAUUAUUGUUCACACUUCAGAGUCUUUUACCCAUUCUCCUAUCUUCUUUUUCAUCCCAUUUUCCUCCUCCCAUUUUUCCUUCCUUCAGGAAUUCAGGAAUCGGAACAAACUCGGCUAGCAGCCUCAUCUUCCCAAUCUGUAAAUGGAGCAAAAACUCGAUUUCUUUUUCUUUCCUCUCUUCUUGUUUUUGGUACUCCUAUUUUUGUAAGACCCUCUGCCCCCAGUGGAGACUUCUGGGAAAAUUUUGACGAGAGGCCGGGAGCAGGCUAAAGAAAACGAGCACACACAAGAGUGUGUUUUUCUAAAGAAAGCGAUACACAGGUGCCUUUGCUGUUGUCGGAAAAAACAAAGCACACGUUCACCCGCGAACCAUCCCCCAGAACACGCCGGCAAAAAAAAGGGGAGCGCUAAUUAACGUCUUUUUUGACACUUCGACCAGGAAAGACGAAUCCAAUGUAGUCCAAAUUCUGUCCUUUUCACUUUUGGACUUUUUCUCUUUUCGGGGAACAAAGCACAAGAUUAUGCCAUGUAUAUAGGAAACUCAAUAAAUAAUAAUAAAAAGAGAAAGUUUAUUUUAAACAUUUUAUAUUCAA